ACGCACAUUUUCAGCCCUGUCAAACUUUCGUUGUGCUAAAACCCUAAACUAAACCCUUUUGUCACCAGAGAACAGAGAGACAGUGCACCCAACAAUGGUGAACGCGAGUGACGCUGGCGUCGAAGCCCUACGGCGCCUGAAAGCGACGGAUACACAUUUAUGGUUGGCGCCGAACGUGGAGCUGUCGGAAGCUGCUCGUACGGCGUCCCAAUACUUGUUUUCUACCCUAAAACCAUUUUCCCCUAAAACGCCAUUGGAUCAACUCCUCGUGGAAGGUUUCGACGCUGAACAGAUAUGGCAACAAAUCGAUCUCCAAUCACAGCCUCUGUUAUCCACCCUGCGCCGCCGAUUGAAGCAGCUGGCUGAAAAUCCUGAAGAGAUUUCCCAGCUGAAGGUUCUUUCGGAAAGUGGGAACAAGGUGGAGGAAAAGAGUAGAGACGAGUGGGAGGGAGAUAGUGACGGUUUUGACGAGGAGUUGGAUGAGGAAGAGGAAGAGGAAGAGGAAGGAGACGAGGACGAAGAAGAGCAGGGAGAAGAAGAAGGAAUGGAAGAGGAUGAGGAAGAUGAAGUGGGAGACGAAGAAGAUAAUGAAGAAGGCGGUGGCAUUGAGGAUAAAUUCUUGAAAAUAGAUGAAUUGGCGAAGUACUUAGAUAAGGAGGAAGAGGAUUUUCAGAAUGCUGAGGCAGACAGAGAAGGCGAGGAGGAAGAUGAUGACGAGGAAAGUGAUGAGGAUGAUGAUUUUGGGUCUGGUGACGAAGAUGAUGUAGACGAAGAAGCAGAGGACAUGGAAAAUGCAAGGUAUGAAGACUUCUUUGGAGGUAAAAAGGAAAGGGGCUCAAAAAGAAAAGCUCAAGUACUUCGGGAAUCUAAAUAUUCUGAAGAUGAGGGUGACAUAGAAUUUGACAAUGAGAAAAAAGGGACUACAUCUGGCCACGAAAAGGAGCUGGAAAAAAUUCAAUCCAAGAUAGAGCAGAUGGAAAAAGCUAACAUAGAGCCAAAAACAUGGAUUAUGCAGGGUGAGGUAACUGCUGCAAAGAGACCCAAAAAUAGUGCAUUGGAAGUUGAUCUAGACUUUGAGCACAAUGUGAGGCCUACUCCUGUAAUCACUGAGGAAGUUACAGCUUCUAUUGAGGAUAUGAUCAAGAAUAGGAUUAUUGAGGGGCUUUUUAAUGAUGUGCAAAGGCUUCCUAAAUUGCCAUCUAAAGCGCCUCGGGAAGUUACAGAGUUGGAUGACAAUAAAAGCAAGCAGGGUCUUGCAGAAAUUUACGAGCAAGAAUAUGUUCAGAAGACAGACCCCACAUCUGCUCCAUUGUCAUUCAAAGAUGAACAAAAGAAUGAGGCUACCAUGCUGUUCAAGAGACUCUGUCUGAAGCUGGAUGCCCUAUCUCAUUUUAACUUUGCCCCAAAACCUGUUAUAGAGGACAUGUCUAUUCAAGUUAAUGUGCCUGCUCUGGCAAUGGAAGAAAUUGCUCCUGUGGCUGUUUCAGAUGCUGCUAUGUUGGCUCCUGAGGAGGUGUUUGAUGGCAAGGGUGAUAUCAAGGAAGAAGUAGAGCUUACACAGGCAGAAAGGAAGAGAAGGAGAGCUAACAAGAAAAGAAAAUUCAAAGAAGAGGCAGUAAAAAAGACAAAAAAGAAGACGCAAGAAGGUGCAAUUCAUAGCCAAGUUAAUGGGUAAGGAACAGUGCGAAAUUUUAUAUUGUUUAUAGAAGCUGCUCAACUAACAAUAAGUUGAAGAUGGAGCUCGUGGCAAAACAUGAGUAAAAUAGAUGUGGAAGAAGAUUUUUUUGGAGUCAAUCAUAUGAACGAUGCCAUUCAAACCCGUGCUGCAGUGGCAGAUGAGAGUAUCUUGAAUGCUUAUAGUUUUCCUGUUAUUGCUGUUCCCUAAAUUCUAAGUUAAUAUCAAAUCAAUUGAUAGGUCACUGUUUAUUUGCUUCCCCUGUUAUUUAAAGUUUGUUGUAGCGCAAUUGGUAUGCAUAGCUGAUAUGUUGUAUUGUUCCGCA